ACCACUUUGAUUCGUCAAUACCGACUGAAUAUCUCUGCAGGGCUUCCAAACUAAUGCAUCUCACAUCAGAUUGUUUCACUUCACCUCAAAUCAAGCCUACAAGACGAACGACAGAUCGGGUAUGCCUUAGACUGAUUCCAAAUUUUCGUGCCUGGAAGACGCAUUGCUUUCCCUUUCUGAUAUAUUGAGGCCCCCAAGAAAGCUUCACCUAGCUGAGAACCACAACGAAACAGGAAUUUCACCUUGUUGAUCAGGCGCUCAACCGGUUCAUGUGGUCUAUGGGAACAUAGGAUGUCUAUUAUCAACAUCGUCAGGGGAGAGAAACAAUUGCGAUGAUAUCGAGUCAGACGACGAGUAUAUAAAACAGAUCAACACCCUCACGAACAGUCCAUCAACCCACACAAUUCAAUCAAUAUCUUCACUAUCACCUUAAUCCAAAUCAACUCAGCCAAAAUGGUUUCCAUCAAAGCCGUUCUCGUCGCCGCCCUCACGGCUACCACUACCAUGGCAACUCCAACACCCCCCUCAAGCAACAUUAUCAGCCAGAACUACAUCUGCGCAAAAGGCCAAUUCAACAACGGCACCGUACUCGGCCACAUCCCCCAAUCCAAAGUCAACGCCGAAUACAACGAAGCUGGAACCAAAACUGGUGCAAGCGGCUACCCCAAGAAGUUCGAGAACAAGGACAAGCUCCACCUCGCGCCGGGCUGUGGCACUGAUGCCGGACUCUGGGAAUUGCCUGUGCUGGAUGGGGGCAAGCCGUAUGACUACAACAAGACGGAUGCCAACCCUGGUCUGAUGCGGGUUUACUAUACCACGGAGUUGCGGUUCUGUGGAAUUGGAGUUGAGGGGGAUGCGGACAAGGCUGAUCCCGAUCAUCUUUGCAGGGUUGAGUGCCCCAACUGCUUGCAGAGCGCACCACCUCAGUAAAUGGGAUGGUGGGAGUAUUUUCUUCUAUCUUUGAAGAGUUGAUGCGUGUGUUCUGUUUGUUACUAGAAGUAUUAUUCUUUCAACAAGAAUGAACAGUUGUAUUUUUUUUUUUUUUUUUUUUUU